AUGGCAGACUGCAUAGAUACGCUCACCGCAGUGUUUUCGGACGCAUUGGAAGGUGUCCACGUUCACACAACACCGAGACGGCGGAGAGAACCACCAUCGGGUUUCUGGGACCUGGCGGAUGGCCUUUUUAACACACGAUCACAGGUAGGCUGGUCUUUAUACGACAUCAGCGAGGUGAGGACUGACGCGGGACAUAGACCUGAUACGCCUGGAGAAGUUGCACUUGAGAUUCCAGCCCGGCCUCAGUGGUACCUCGAGAAGCCGAAUGUGAUACAAUUUCUCUGCAAGUCGCUUGGCGUUGCACAUAUUGCUCAAGUAUUCCGGUUCAACUUUGUUUUGGACGCUGGAAAGCUUUGGCAGCAUCGCACUAGCGAGCGGCAGAGCUCCUUUGAAUGCAUGGAUUCCGUUACCCUGCAUCAGCUGCUCUCAGCAGGGGUGUCUGAGUGGAGCGCGGUAGAGAAGCUGGUGCUUGCCGUGAUCUUGGCAUACUCUCUGUUUUAUUUCUACGACGGAUCCUGGCUGGGGGACCGUGGGUGGACCAGGCACAACAUCUUGUUCUUCACCAAAGCCGGCUCCGUUCCGUUGCAACCAUUCCUUCGGUUCAGUUGCAGCGCAGAUCAUGGGCCAUCCAUGGAUGGAGACAGUUUACUUCAUCGAUAUCCAAGUAUUCUUGAGUUUGGGGUGACUCUUCUGGAAAUAGACCUGGGAAGGUCGCUCGAAUCGGUCCCGGGUUGCAUCAAUGAAAUCACGUCGGUUGAUGACCAAUACGCAAAGGCAUGCGAGGUAUUCAAGAAGCGCAGGCCUUACAUCUGGAGCAAGCACUACCGCGAGGCGAUCAAUGCCUGUCUGUACGAGGACUUCACAACUGCAGAGACUGAGACUGCUGCAGACUUUCGUACUCGGAUCUACGAGACCAUUGUUCGACCGUUGGAGGAGGAGCUUCAUAACUCAUGUCAGGAGUUUAUCUCCUUGGAGAUGUUGGAUACAAAAGCUUCUAGCAUGGAUCUAGGGACCGCUACACAGACCGUGACACUGCAGGCCCCCGCCGCUUCAUUGCCACCAGGCAUCGGAACUACUGGCUAUUUUGGUCACAAAAUGCUCUCCUCCGCACUGCCUCAAUUGCCUCAUACUGCUUCCUCUCCUUCAAUAAAUCUACCAUCAUCCCAAUUCUCAUCAGGCUUACACUCUCCACCCCCUUCGCGUCGAGCUGAAUUCGAGAUCGCGAUAAUAUGUGCACUGAAACAAGAAUAUGACGCGGUGGCGCUUCUCUUUGACGAGUAUUGGGAUGAUGAAGGCGACUCAUAUGGAAGGGCACCAGGAGAUGAAAACACCUACCUCACUGGCAGAAUCCACCAACAUACCGUUGUGCUCGUCCUUCUUCCAGGAAUGGGCAAGGUCAACGCCGCAAGGGCAGCAGCUAGCUUUCGAUCCAGCUACGGCGGCAUUCGACUGGCUCUUCUUGUCGGUAUCUGCGGUGGUGCUCCUAAGGCUAGUGGUCAAGAGAUCAUACUCGGGGACGUUAUAAUUAGCACCCACGUUGUUGAAUAUGAUCUAGUCAGGAGAUUUCCUGAUGGAACCAGAAGGAAAAGGGAUACCAACAAUGGAGAAGGACGUGCGAGUCCGAGCAUUUUAGGGUUCAUGGGCACAUUACAGACGAAAUUCCAAUCGCAACGCCUCGAAGAGCGCACAGCACACUAUUUCGCUGACGUACAAAGUAAGGGCCAGGAAGGGGAAUAUGUCUAUCCCGGUGCUUCCAAAGACAAGCUCUUCCGAGCCUCAUAUCGACACAAGCAUCAGUAUCAACUUCGAGGGAGCCGGUGCAAAACAUGCCGCGCCUGCUACGCAAAGUCCCAUCCCGUCUGUGACGAAGCCUUGACAGCAUCAUGCAGCACUCUCCACUGUGAGGACAGGUUCCUCGUUCCCCGACAGCGACUAUCAAGGCAACAAAAGCAUCGCGAACCCUACAGACCGGCCAUCCACUUCGGCGCUAUUGCAUCAGGCGAUUCUGUGAUGAGGUCAGGCGAAGAUAGAGACGAGAUUGCUCGGCUUGAAAAUGUAAUCGCGUUUGAAAUGGAAGGAUCCGGAGUUUGGAAUAGCCUGCCUUCUGUGAUUAUCAAGGGUGUCUGCGAUUAUGCCGAUAGUCACAAGAACAAAGACUGGCAGACAUUUGCCUGCGGCACAGCCGCUGCAGCUAUGAAGGCGGUUCUGGAAAGAUAUGUUCGAACCGACAGGGUAUAG